AUGAAGGGCAAGAGAAAGCCUGGUGGCAAGAAACACUCUGCCAGUACUGCUGCUGCGGCGGCGGCUGCAGAGACCGAGAAGAACAAAAAGAAGCCCAAGAGCCUGGGACAGCGCAUCCACCAGGCACUGUUCGGCUGGAUGGACACAGUCAUCAAGCUCAACGGCAAGAAGCUCGUCCCCAACAACUCGGUGAUCUCUAAAUUCAUGCUGCCCCUCACGGUGUGGGCGGUGGCCGUCAUCGUGGUGUUUGGAGUGACUUUCCAGAGGCUCGCGGGCCUGCAGGCACCACUGGCGUCGCUCAACGCGGCGGCGCGCGUCACCUACCUCAUCAGCCGCGUCCGCGUGACGGGCGACCACUUGGCGUUCGCCAGCGACAUCAAUGAGCGCCACCGCAUCAAGGAUGACCUCCUGUUGAUGGUCACAGAUCUCAGAGAAGAGUACGCCCUUCUCAUGUACGGCGGCAAAAUACACCACAUCGCGGAGGGCACCACCUACUCCCUCUUGACCCCCCCUGCCGCAUUCGCCAGCCCUGACGUUGCUCAGCUUUUCUUCAGGACCAAUGGUUGUCUGCGCAACGACAAGAGCACGUGCUUCAAGCCCGAUAGUCCCUACCACCAAAUCACACACAACGGGCUGGAUGCAAUGGUGGACCGCUUCAUAGACACGUACGAGGCUUUCGGCAACCUGCCAGCGGAAUUGGCCUAUGCCAACCACACUCUGUACCUGUGGCUCAACCAAGUCGUCCCGGACGACAUGAUGGAUGGAAUCUACCAAGCAAUUGACCUCUUUGGAACUUACACGAUCAGCAAGUUUGAGGGUGUGACCCAGCUGCACCAGAUCAUGAUGGUCGUCACCAUUUCAGUCGUGCUGAGCUUCAUAGUGCUGCUCUACAGGCCGUAUGUGAAGCUGCUCCACGAGGAGUCCAAAGACAUUGCCGGCAUGCUGAGCCAGCUGCCAGCAGAGGUCAGCGUGGAGGAGACUGUCAAAGUGCAUGUGCUGGGCCUGCCGCCGCGUGUCGACGGGCGGACUGCGUCGAUGGUUGGCGGACAGUCUAUCAUGAUGAUGGGGCCAGGCGGGAUGAUGAUGGCAGGGCCGCCCGGCGUGAGCGGCCAGGCAGGGAUGGGCAUGAUGAUGUCCGGCAUGAUGGGCCCCGGCAUGCGCAUCCCCGUGCCGCCGGGGCAGCCUGGGAUGUACGCGGGCGGUGGCGGCGACGGCUUUGGCCGUGGGAUGUAUGGUGGCGCAGACGGUGCUGUGGCGGUCAACGUGAGGGGCCGCGGGGGCGCACCUGGCUACUAUUGA